AUGAAUAAUAUUGUAAAAAAAUGGAUUGAAGCAGUUGCUUAUGACUAUGAUAAUACAUAAAAUAUGGAAAAUGAAUUUUUCGCUUUUAUUUUUUAAGAUGAUAAAAGUUUUUAAAAUUGGGUAAAUAAAAAACCUCAAUUAUAAUCUACUUGUGGAGUAUUCAUUUCUGAUAAAGAAUUAAGUUUUUAAUGUUUUACUUGUGGAAAGGAACCUACACAUAUGUUUUGCAAAAAUUGUUUUGUACCUUAAUUACAUAAAGGUAAAAUAUAUAUUAAUUUAAAAGAUCAUUAGUGUAUUAUUGAUGUAAAAAAUAAGGGAUUAUGCGAUUGUGGUAUCAAAUCUAUAAUUUCAAAUAAGGGGUUUUGUUUAAAACAUAAUGAUAAAAUUAUUAUAAGGAAGAAAUAAGAAAUUAAUACAAUUCCUAUUUAGUUAUAAAAUAAUAUCACACUUCUUUUUCAAUAACUCAUUGAUUCUUAUAGGAGUUUAAUGAAAAAAAUAAAAAAGAAGAAUGUUUCAAAUUUAUAAAUAUCAGUUUUAGCUCUUUAUCAUUAUGCUAAACAUUUUAAGGAUCAAAAUUCGAUUUAAAUAUUGGAGAGUUAUUAGGAAAAUGAAUCAAUAUAUGUACUCUUUAGAAGUGCAUCUAAUCUAAAUACUCUAAUAUUUAAGACAAUUGAAAAAUUAAUUGAUUAAAGAUUUCAAUAUUAACUUUUAAUCUAACAAAUCCUCACAAAUACGAAUUUAAUUAAUUCUAAAUAUACAAUUAUAGAAAAACUAUUAAAAUAUUAUAUAUAUAUUGAAGUUUAUUAAAGUUUAAAUGAUUAUAGGAUAGAUAAAGUCCUUUAUUAACUAUUUAUUGAUGAAGAGUUCAAAGUUCGUAUUUUCUCUAUAAUUUUGAAAAAUUUUUCUAAAUUUUGGUUAAUCAAACAAUUUAAAACAACCAAUUGGGAUUAAGAUAUAGAUAAAGAACUCUAAUAUGUAGAUUAAUCUAUAAAAAAGAAUUAGUAAAAACAUCUUAGUUAAUAAUAAACUAGUAUAUAUUAAGAAUAAGGCAUAUCUCUGAAUUCAGAUUACUUUAGAAUUAAAAAAUAUAUUCAACCAUUAAUAAAUGAUUUAUAAAAUAAUCCAUUAUAAAUCCACUUUGUUUACUCUAGCAAAAUACUUACAACUGAAUCUUAAUUUGUAUCUUUUGAAAUGCAAGAAUAAUUCUUUUCUUAAAACUAAAAUAUUUAGGAUUUAGUAGUUACUAUUUAAAAAUUAAAUUAUACUUCUGGUGCAUUAUGUUCUAAUACUUAAUUAAAACUUCCAUAAUUAUUUAAAUAGAGAUUUGAAUAUAAGAAAUUUGGAGAAAUAGCAUUAGGUUAAUUAUAAAAUAUAUUAAGUAAAAAUUUUCAUUAAUUUAAAUAAAUAGAUAUUAAAAUUGAUUUAAUAAAAGAAUUUAACUUUAAUAAGUUUGCAAUAACAAAUUUAAUUAAUAGUUUAGGUUAAGGAAUUGAAAUGAAGAAUUAAUCUAAUAUAUUGAAUAAUUAAAUUAUUAUCGCUGAUACUAUUCACUAUAUUUAAGAUUAAGCAACAUAUUAUACUGCAAUUUGUACUGGUUUAAAUACUUUAUUCAGUAACAAAUUUAGUAAUGAAAUAUUUGAAAAGAACAUUAUUAAAUUACUUUUUUAUUAAACUUACUUCAUCUUAAAGAAAACUAUAAGAAUUAAUUAUUAAAGUAAUAGAUCUUCUUAAUUUUAAUCAAAUGAUUUAUUAAAAAUUAAAAAUGGUAUGAUAAUAUAGAAAUUGUUUAUUUCUUAUUUAUCAUAUUUGUAUUGUGUUACCUAGUUUGAAAAUGGAAAAUAAUUCCUACUUUACUUAAUUGAUAUUUUAGAUGAAGAUUAAUAAGAAUUUGAAAAUCUACUCAAUUAAUUAUUAGAAGAAAUUAUGCAAGUUCAUUUGAUUAUUAAUGACAAUGAAAAUUAAAAGAUUAAAUCUGGUUAUUAAGGUACUGAAAAUCAUCUAGAAUAUUCAUAAUUUCAUAGAAUUGACACAUGUUUUCUUAAAUUAUAUAUAUUUUUAUUCGAUGUUAAUGGAUUCUCAAGAUUUUAAAAUAUGAUGGAAGAAUUUUAUUAAAGUUAUAAUUGUACUCUUGGAGAAAAAUAAUUAGGAACAAUAAUUUAACAAUAAACAUAGGAUAAAUAUCAUAAAUUUUAAUAAAUGUUUAUUAACUUAAUUGUAUUAGAUUAUGAUCUUUACAAUGUAUGUUGUCCAUUAUUAACUUAAUUAACAAAUGAUUUAAAAUUGUCUUUAGUUAGAAUAGUUGGUAAUUAUUUUAAUAUUUCAACUUAAAUGGAAUAUCAAGAUAUUUAGUAGAAACUUAAAAAUUUUGGUGUUUUAAUUACUUCAAAUUUUUCUAAACAUAUAUUAUAAAUAUGUGAAGUUGAUUAGACAACAAAAAAAUUAAAACUAAAAGUAGAAUAUAAAAUAUUCUAUGAGCCUAGUUUAUUAUAAAAUUAAUCAUAAUUAUAUGCUUAAAUACAAGAAAGAUUGUUUGAGAAAAAAAAAUCAGACAGUGAAAUAUUACUAGGAAAUGGGAUCACAUGGGAUAUUGAAUAAUUUUCAAACAAAAAUUAUAGAGUCUUAAUGCAUUAAUUAUUAAAGAUGUAUUGCCAUUUUGAGUUAUUUUUGAAAAAUCUGGUUUAUUUAAUGGAAAAUAGAAAUUUAAUAUAAUAGUUAUGCUAUCUUAUUUAUGCUUAAAUUGCUUAUUUGAAUUAAUUUGAUUAAUAAUUAUUUAAAUAAUAUUUUGAAAUAGUAAUAAUUUAAUUAGAAGAAAUAUAAUAAUAAAAUAUUUUGGGUGAAUAGUAGAAUCAAUAAAAAAUCAAAGUUCUUAUAUAAUCAAUUAAUGAAUUAAAUCAAAAAUAAAUAAUGAACAAUGAGUAAAAAACUAUAAAAUAGAAAUUGUAAAUUCAAAAAGAAUAAUAUAAGGCUAAAUUUAAUAAAAUAUAGUCAUCAAAUUUAAUAUAAGAGAUGCUUGAUAUAAAAGAACAAAAUGAAAUUUUAAUAAAAGAAGAAGAUCAAUGUUUUACAUGUAAACUAGAUUUUACAAAUUCAAAUAGUGUGGGAAUGAUGAAUAUUUAUUUGAAAUCUUCAAAAUAAUUAUUUGAUUAACCAGAUGAUAUGCUUAAAGAAGAAAUAAAAUUUGAUUUAGAUUUGGGAAUAUAAACUUGUAAACACUACUUUCAUGAUUAAUGCUUAUCUUAAACCUUUAACAGCUAUUAAAUGAUAGAUGAUAUUUAUGGGUAUGGGUUUAAUUAACGUUCAUUUGAUUGCCCAAUAUGUAAAUUUUCUACAAAUUGUAGAUUUCCGAUUUAACAAAUAGACAAUCAAAAAGUUAAAAGUUUAAAUAUUUAUUUAAGUAUAAUUUACUAUAAAUUAAAAAAUAAUCCUUUUUUAAAUUAGGAAAUUACUAUAGUUAAAAUUUACAUAAAUCUAUUUUAUGAUUUACUGAUCUCAUUAUUUAUUAAUCCUUAAAAUUAUAAAAAGACUCAAAAAAAUAUAUUAUUUAACCAAUUACUAUAGUGCUUUUAUUAAACGAUUUUAGAUAUGGAUUAAAAUAAUAAAGAAGAAUUACCAUAAAUAAAGAAUAUGAAAAAUAAAAAUAAUUUCUUAAUGAAUAUGUUGAGCUCUAUUUGUGAAAUUUACAUGAAAUAAUGUAGUUUGAAUUAAUUAAGAUUAUCUAUAACUUAAUUAAUUGGUUAAUAUGGAUAAUUAAGUCAGGAUGAAAUCUCACUUUUAAUUAGUUCUUUUGGCAUAGAAGAAAAAAUGAUGAUAUUAAUAAUUAAUAAAACGGAAAAAUAAUGUAUACAUGACAAAUUAUUAGAAUAUUAUUAAACUUUUUAGACUAAAACCAUAUAAUUUGUUUAAAAUAAUUUGGGAUAAACAUUUCUAUAAUUUCAUAGUAAAUAUUUUUCUAACAAAUGCAGGAUUUGCAAAUUUUAUAAUCUAAAAAAAAGUAAAAACUCAGGUAUUUCUGUCUGUUUACUAUGCUAAGAUUUAUUUUGCAAUGAGUCUUGCUCCUAAUAUUAUUAAUAAAACUUACAUUAUCAUGUAAAAAUGAAGCAUCAUGAAAAUUCUAUAUUUGUGAGCCUUUAAGAUGGUUCAGUAACAUUAAUUAAUUCAUAUACUUCAAUUAAAAAAUUUAAAUAUUUGUAUUAUAAUAAUUUAGGUGAAAAAAUAAAUAUAGAGGAUCCUAAUUCAGACUGGAAUGAAUAUAUACUUGAUAUCACUAAAGCUAAAGAAUUAGCUGACAUCAUAGUAAAUAAUACAUAUAGUAAAUUAAUUAAGAGUUAAAACAAGAAAAGUAUUUUUGAUUUGAAUAUUUUUUGA